AUGACACGCUCACAGAGAGUGCUUACUUAUGGCUACUGGGAUCUGCCGACGAAUCAAACUGCCGGUGUAAAACCAUCGAACGCUCUGCAGAUGCGCUUCCGAAUGUGCAUUCUCCUUUUAUCGGCGAUCAUCUUUACGGGCAAAAGUGAUGCAAAGCGAAGGAAAUGCCCAAAGGGAGCGUGGAAAGAGGGUGCGAUUGUGAAUGCGAUUAUGAGUAAUUAUACAAAAAUGUUGCCCGACUCUGAGGACGCCGUUCAAGUCAACGUCGAAAUACACGAUGUUUCGUCGUUGAACGAAAUCACUUCUGAUUUUGAAAUUGAUAUUCUAUUCUCGCAACUGUGGCAUGAUACGGCACUCAGUUUCGCUAAUUACACGUCUUGCAAACAUAACAUAACAAUGGAAUCGAGGUGA